AUAAAUGUACAGAGAAAAUAGGUAGGGCAGAGGGGGGAGAGAAGGGGCCAGGGUAUAAGAAGGGCCCGCCUGGGACCAAUUCCAGGAUCCUAGGACCCAGCUCCCCAAACCGCUCAGGGACCUGACGACAGCUCACCCAGCUGACAUGGCUGCAGGCCCUCGAACCUCUGUGCUCCUGGCUUUCACCCUGCUCUGCCUGCCCUGGCCUCAGGAGGUGGACGCCUUUCCCAACAUGCCCUUGUCCAGCCUGUUUGCCAACGCAGUGCUCAGAGCCCAGCACCUGCACCAACUAGCUGCUGACACCUACAAAGAGUUUGAACGCACGUAUAUCCCAGAGGGACAGAGAUAUUCCAUCCAGAAUGCCCAGGCUGCCUACUGCUUCUCCGAGACCAUUCCGGCCCCCACCGGCAAGGAUGAGGCCCAGCAGAGAUCCGACAUGGAGCUGCUUCGCUUCUCGCUGCUGCUCAUCCAGUCAUGGCUUGGGCCUGUGCAGUUCCUCAGCAGGGUCUUCACCAACAGCCUGGUGUUCAGCACCUCAGAUCGUGUCUAUGAGAAGCUGAAGGACUUGGAGGAAGGCAUCCAAGCUCUGAUGCGGGAGCUGGAAGACGGCAGCCCCCGGGCUGGGCAGAUCCUCAGGCAAACCUAUGACAAGUUUGACACCAACUUGCGUAGUGACGACGCACUGCUCAAGAACUACGGGCUGCUCUCCUGCUUCAAGAAGGACCUGCACAAGGCUGAGACGUACCUGCGGGUCAUGAAGUGUCGCCGCUUCGUGGAAAGCAGCUGUGCCUUCUAGCUGCUGGGCAUCUCUGUUACCCCUCCCCAGGGCCUCCCCUGACCCUGGAAAGUGCCUCUCCAGUGCCCACCAUCCUUUCCUAAUAAAAUAAAACUGCAUCAUAUUGUC